CUUUAUUUUGAACCAUUUGCAAACCUAUCUAAAAUAAUAAAUAUUUUUUAUCUGUAUUGUCACUUCAUUGAGUUCAUUGAUCGAAUACGCAUCAGUGUUAUCAGAAAAGAAACUCAUUUUCACUGAAAGCAGAAUAAUAUCUAGAUAUACUAGUGCCAAGCACGCCAAAAUAAUAAUAAAGCUUUUUAUUACAACCCUUUCAUAAUAAUAUUGAGUAUGAGCAGGUUACAGACAAUUAUUCGCUAAAUUACGGAUUUAAAGUCUUAAUAAGAUUUUAUUAAAAUCUCAACAUGAGUAAAAGUAUAGAUGUGGUGAAUUUAAUUUCCACCUUGUUGGAUAACGGAAAAUAUAAAGAAGCUCUUAAUGUUCCAAAUGAAGAGAGGCUAGCUGAAAGUUUCAAAGAUAAUUGCUGGGAUAUAAUAUCAGUAAUUAUUGGUAAAAUUCAGGAUGAUACUGUUGUUAUAAAACCAUCAUUGUAUGGAACAUGUGAGCAAUUGUUAACAAUUAUCAGUGAGAAAUCUGCGCCUGAAGAAGCAUUAUUGGAAUUUAUAGAACAGAUUGAACUAGCUAAAAAUGAUGCUCAAUUUGGUCUUAUUUUACCAUCAUUGCAAGACUUACUGAGAAGGUUAUCCUUAAAAAGGGGAAGAUCUUUGGAAUGGUGCCUAAAUUCCAUAAGCACAUAUAUUGAACAUAUUCCCAUACCUGAGCAUCAUUUAGAAGGUCAAGAAAGAUUGUUAAUGGAUUCUGAUCCAAAUUUUAGAAGGAUUACAAAAGUCUAUAGCCUGUUACCUUCAUUUUAUAGAUAUUUUAUCACUGAAUUGAAUACAGCAGCACCAUCUAAUGAGAAAACAAAACACAUAUUAACUGCAUUUUUAAUUAGUCUCCUUGGGAAACCAAUGGUUUUCAUAGAUUUGGAUCCUCAGACUAAUAAACAAAGUGAGGCAAGAAAAAGCUGUUCAACUAUUGUGCAAGAUAUUUGUUUGAUGGAAAAAGAUGUAUUCAAGUUUCUUGCACAUGUAGAAAUAUGUUAUAAAGAAAGUAAGAACCCGACUAGCAGAGAUAGUAAUGAUGAUGAAAAGUCCCCAUAUGAACACCGAGAGAAAAUUAAUAUGACAACAUUGUCUUCAUUCUUCUAUGCUGCAUUAUCAGGACAUUUUGCAUUACCUGACCUAGCAAUUCCACAAGUGUACAGUGCACAUUAUGUUCAUCAUAAUGUUAUGCUUUGUGUUGUACACCUGUUAAGUUUUGUUGAAUAUAGCCCUUUAGCAAAGGGAAUGGCGUUAUGUGAAGCCAUAUUUUACAAUAUCACUAGCCCAUUGUCGCAGCAGCUACUCACAACAGUACACUUUGAUAUGUGCAAGGGAUUAGUGAAUGUGGCCAUCUACUCCAGUUACGAGAGUUUACGUAAGCGUUCUGUAGCAUUGAUUGGAAGUCAUAUAAAUAAAUUUGAUUAUAAGGGAAGAUGUGCACUAGUUCAAUAUUUGAUUAAAAUAUCCAAUCACUCAGGCAUGAUUGGUUAUGCCAUAACUCUGUAUAAAAAUUCAAUUAAUGAAGCUUUCAAAGAACCAAGAUUGGAUGAAUGCUUCACUGGACCUCAGUUUUCAAAUAUGUUGAAGAAAAUAUGCUUCUUACCACAUGGUGCUGAGUCAGAUCUUGUUGAACUAGCUGAUCAAAUUAUUACGUCAUUGAAUUUCCUGAGAUACUUGACUAUAAAAGAUACUGAAAACCUGACUGGUAUUCAUAGUUGUUUUCCCUAUGUGGAAGAUACUUAUUUAGAACAACUGAGAUUAGGUUUAAACAUGUCCAAAGCUCACUACGAAGUUAAACUAAAAGACAUUGAAGAAGGGAAAAAUUUACCUGAAGAAAAACUGAAUGUCUCCAUUAAUGUAGGCGGAAAUGUUCUGGACAAUAUACCUAAGGAAAACAAGAAGGAAAUAAUAUGUUCUGCAUUAAAUGCUUUUCAUCUUAUUGAAGGCCUCAUUGCUCGACUGUCUGAGUGUAUUAAUGUUAGCAAAAUGCAAGGGUUAAAAAUGAAUUGUGAUUAAAAGAUGCUUACUAUAAGUUUUCUAAAUAAAUCGUUUUCUAUUAAUCUUAGAA